AUGUCGGAAAGAGAGGGGUUUUUGGCUUCUAUAACCCUCAACAUACGCGCAGUCAUGUACGAAGCCGGGGCACUCCAACAAGUGGAGCUUGAAAGCGAAGUUCUGCGCCGCCUCGGGCUUUAUGAAGAUACUGCCAAACACGCGACGGUCAAGCGGCGCAUAUACGAUGCACUCUCCACGUUCAUAGCGCUGGAGAUCAUUCAGAAGGUUAAUAAGAUGCUUUAUUGGAACGGAUUUCCUCACUAUGGGCCCAAGCCAGAUCUACCCGGCUCAGGCAGUGCUGAGGUUCAGUCAAAGUUAGAUUCUUCCGCCAUUGUCACCGAGGAUUCCUCUCGCACACUAAACUCGGAGACGAAUGAGCAUGACCCCGUUGCUGCAGGCAUGGAUGCUAUCGUCCCUACUGCCGCCGAGGAAGGAGAUGACAAUGCCUCUGUCGAGGAGCUAGAAGCACAGAUUGCAGAGCUGGAAGGACGGAUAAGUGUGCUGAGCCAGCAACAUGCAUACUACACAUUUUUCAACAGCCAGGCGCUGCUGUCACCGCAAUGGGACCAAGGGGCUCCGCCAGUGCCUCCACCAGUUGCACUGCCCUUCACCGUUAUCGCGGUUCCGUCAGAAGCAGACGCCGUGAUCUUUAGCAACCAAAAUCACACGCGCAUCUCCAUUGACGCCAGUAUGCAGAACAUUACGAUCUUAUCAGAUGAUCAGAUCGUGCAAGCCUUAAUACAAAACACAGACAAAAGCAUGAAGCCUCCAUCUCCUUUCUGA